AUGGCUUCCGUGCGCUUCCCUGGAGACGAGAAUAAUGAGGGUGGUAAUGAGAGUAAUGAGGUUCGAGAGGUCAGCAGCAACAUCUCCAAGCCGACCAAACGCCAAAGAUGGGCCACCACGCGCCAGGGCGGCUCCGGCGGCAUGCGGAAACGUGUCUCCAUCAUCAAUCGCUUUCACAAGGGAUCGGAGAUGAGGGAUGAGAAGCGCAAGUCCGCAACCCCGAGCACUCCGGCCGACACCGCGUCUUUCAAUGGCGACCAAGGCCAGGAGUCGGGGCCCAAUCGAACGAUCUACUUCAACGUCCCGAUCCCCGAGACCGAACGCGACGAAGAUGGCCAUCUCAUUAACACCUACCCCCGGAAUAAGAUUCGGACUGCCAAAUAUACCGCGUUGACUUUCGUUCCGAAGAACAUCUGGUUGCAGUUUCACAACAUUGCGAACAUCUACUUCUUGUUUGUCAUUAUUCUCAAUUUUUUCCCUAUUUUCGGUGCCAACAACCCUGGUCUGAAUGCCGUCCCCUUGAUCGUCAUUAUCGUUGUCACCGCUAUCAAGGACGCGAUUGAAGAUUGGGGCCGAACUGUAUCGGAUAAUCAAGUGAACAACUCCCCGGUUUAUCGACUGAUUGAUUGGAACAAUGUGAAUUCGACCGAAGAUAGUAUUUCACUAUGGCGUCGGGUCAAGAAGGCGUCCACGCGAGGCGUGAUUGCCACGUAUCAUUGGGGAAAGCAGGUCUUCAAGAAGAAGGAUCAAGAACAGGAUCCCGAAGACGGACGACGACGAGACUCCUUUCUAACUACCGCGACCCCGCGAGCCUCGAUCUAUUCGCAUCGAAACUCCCUCGCCGCCGACGCCGCUAUUCCGAUGACCGACGUCCCUUCACCCCAAGCUGAAGUUCGGGAAGGUUGGCCCAUGUCGAGCAACUCUGAGAACAAGUACCUCUCUCCAAAUAGCGCUGCCCGAGAGAGUGUGAUGUCGCCGACUUCCUCGGACAAGAAAACCGGAAGUAUACUGGACAUCUCGAAGCAAACCCCUGGUACGGCUCGAUUCAAGCGCGACUACUGGAAGAGCAUUCAAGUCGGCGACUUCGUGCGUCUGUACAACGAAGACCCAAUUCCGGCCGAUAUCGUUAUUCUCUCUACUUCCGAUCCCGAUGGAGCCUGUUACGUUGAAACCAAGGGCCUGGAUGGUGAGACGAACUUGAAGGUCCGUCAUGCCCUCCACUGUGGUCGUCAGGUUCGACAUGCUCGCGACUGUGAGAAAGCCGAAUUCACCAUCGAGAGUGAAGCUCCUCACCCCAACCUGUAUUCCUACAACGGUGCGAUCCGUUGGGAUCAACGCGAUCCAAACUUCCCUGACGCCCCCGCAAGGAGAUGCACCGAGUGGGUUCUUGGUGUGGUUGUCUUCACUGGUGGAGAAAGUAAGAUUAUGCUCAACGCUGGCGCGACCCCAGCCAAGCGUGCUCGCCUGGCCAAGGAUCUGAAUUGGAACGUCAUCUACAACUUCAUGAUUCUGUUCGUCAUGUGUCUGGUUGCGGGUAUUGUGAACGGCUUCGCGUGGGCUGCCUCGGACAAGUCUUUGGACUUCUUCGACUUUGGGUCAUACGGUGGCACGCCCUCCGUCACGGGUAUUGUCACCUUCUGGACCGCCCUUAUCCUGUUUCAAAACUUGGUGCCCAUUUCGUUAUACAUCUCACUCGAAAUCGUCCGCACCAUCCAGGCCGUCUUCAUUCACAGUGAUCUGUACAUGUACUACGAAAAGCUCGGGCUCUACUGUGUACCGAAGUCGUGGAACAUUUCAGAUGACGUGGGACAAGUCGAAUAUAUCUUCUCCGACAAGACUGGUACUCUCACGCAGAACGUCAUGGAAUUCAAGAAGACCACCAUCAAUGGCGUGUCCUAUGGUGAAGCUUACACCGAAGCUCAGAUCGGCAUGAGACGUCGGGAAGGCGCCAAUGCCGAUGAAGAAGCCACUCAAGCCCGUGCACAAAUCGCUGCUGAUGGGACAAAGAUGCUGGAGAUGCUCCGUCGAAUCCAUGAUAACCCGUACCUCAAAGAUGAAAAUUUGACUUUUAUUGCCCCGAAUUUCGUGGCCGACCUUGAAGGGCAGUCUGGUGAAUAUCAGAAGAAGGCGGUGGAGCAUUUCAUGUUGGCUCUGGCCCUUUGUCACUCUGUUAUCACUGAGCAUACUCCGGGUGACCCUCCCCAGAUUGAGUUCAAGGCGCAGUCGCCCGAUGAGGCCGCCUUGGUCAGCACCGCCCGAGACUGUGGUUUCACAGUCCUCGGCCGUGCCGGCGAUGAUCUCUUGUUGAAUGUCAUGGGUGAGGAACGUACUUACACCGUCUUGAAUACUCUAGAGUUCAACUCUUCGCGAAAGCGUAUGAGUGCCAUUAUCCGCAUGCCCGAUGGCACUAUUCGUCUUUUCUGCAAGGGUGCUGACAGCAUCAUUUACUCGCGUCUGGCUCGUGGCAAGCAGCAGGAGCUCCGACGCCAGACUGCGGAGCACCUCGAGGAAUUCGCCAAAGAAGGUCUGCGAACCCUGUGUGUCGCUGACCGUCUCCUUGGUGAAGAAGAGUACCAGGCCUGGAAUCGCGAGCACGAUAUUGCUGCGGCUGCAAUUACCGAUCGUGAAGAGAAACUGGAGAAGGUCUCGAGCCAAAUCGAGCAGGAGUUGAUGCUUAUUGGUGGCACUGCCAUCGAGGAUCGUCUCCAGGACGGUGUCCCAGACACCAUCCAACUACUCGCAGAUGCUGGUAUCAAGCUGUGGGUUCUGACUGGGGACAAGGUCGAGACUGCCAUCAACAUCGGUUUUUCGUGCAAUUUGCUCAAUAAUAACAUGGAUCUGAUUGUUCUCAAUAUCCCUGAGAAUCAGCAUGAGCAAGCGGCUCAAGAGCUUGAGAAGCACCUCCGGACUUUUGGUCUGACUGGCUCCGAUGAAGAACUUAUCGCCGCUCGCGAGGAUCACUCACCACCGGCGCCCACCCAUGCCGUUAUUGUCGACGGUGAAACACUCAAGAUGAUGCUCUCCGACGAGUUGAAGCAGAAGUUCCUCCUGCUCUGCAAGCAGUGCAAAGCUGUCCUUUGCUGCCGUGUCAGCCCUUCCCAGAAAGCUGCAGUUGUCAACAUGGUCCGUCAUGGUCUGAACAUCAUGGGUCUCGCCAUUGGUGACGGUGCCAACGACGUUGCCAUGAUUCAAGAAGCCGAUGUUGGUGUCGGCAUCGCUGGUGAAGAAGGUCGACAGGCCGUUAUGUCCUCGGACUACGCUAUUGGACAAUUCCGAUUCCUCCAGCGCCUGCUGCUCGUCCAUGGAAGGUGGUCCUACCGUCGCCUGGGAGAGUGUACCGCCAACUUUUUCUACAAGAACUUGGUGUGGACUUUCGCUCUUUUCUGGUACUGUAUCUAUAACGACUUCGAUGGCUCCUAUCUUUUCGACUACACCUAUAUCGUCUUGGUUAACUUGGCUUUCACUUCGCUGCCAGUUAUCUUCAUGGGCAUUUUUGACCAAGACGUUGACGACAGAGUAUCUCUUGCGGUGCCUCAGCUCUAUAUGCGCGGUAUUGAGCGCAAGGAAUGGUCGCAGCUCAAGUUCUGGCUCUAUAUGGCUGAUGGGUUGUACCAAUCUGUGAUCUGUUUCUUCAUGCCGUAUAUGUUAUACCAAGCAGCCAAUUUCGCCACUGACAGUGGUCGGGAUAUUGGUGAUCGGACCCGCAUGGGUAUCCUGGUCGCGACAUGUGCCGUCCUUGCCAGUAACAUGUACAUCAUGAUGAACACCUACCGAUGGGACUGGUUUACUUGCUUGAUCAACGUGAUCAGCUCCCUCUUAAUCUUCUUCUGGACUGGGGUCUAUUCAUCAUUCACGGCGGCUGGUCAGUUCUACGAUUCGGCUGCCGAGGUCUAUGGUGCUCUGAGCUUCUGGGUUGUGCUGCUCGUCACCGUCAUGAUCUCACUCCUCCCCCGGUUUAUGUACAACGCGGUCCAGAAGGUGUUCUUCCCGCUGGAUGUCGAUAUCAUUCGCGAGCAGGUCACUCUUGGCAAGUUCAAGCACCUGGAACAGUUCGAAGACUACGUACCCCUCAGUGCUGGUGGUGCCGCGGUCAUAGGCCCCGGCGAUGAGUCGGCAACCUCUUCCGAGCUUGCCAAGCCAAUUCAACCGGCGAUGAAGCUGGAUCAAACUGGCCCUGACGAGCAUCGACCAUACUAUUCGCCCUCUCAGCACGCCAACGGCCACAAUCCUCGCAGCCAGAAUGGAAGCAAUGGUACGAAUUACACCGAGAGCUUGGAUCAGUGUCCGCGACCUCAGUCAGUGGAUUACGUCCGGCGCUCCCACGAGCGCACUCGACAUUCCUUCGAACGGGUACGGCAAAGCUUUGAGCAAAGCAACGACUUCACCUCGGCCGCCAGGCUCCAACGAAUGGAAUCAAGCCACACUCAGGGCUCCAAUCAAGAUCCGUUCCGCGCCCCAGGCGAGGCCCCUACUACACAUUGA